AUGGAGAGAGAUAGCAUCUGGUAUGUAGAAAAGCCUCAUCAGUGUCAAGUGCAUGGAGAUUUUUCACGGGUUCCAUCGAAUGAGCCUAACGUGAUGGGUUCACCUUGGUUGUUUGCCUCUUGGGGAAUGGAUGUUAUCGGACCCAAAGAGCCUACCGUAUCAAAUGGACAUAAUUUUGUCUCGGUGGCAAUCGAUUAUUUCACAAAAUGGGUCGAAGCUUCGACAUACAAGGCAGUGACUAAGAAGGUAGUGGCAGACUUUGUUCUCAACAAUAUAGUUUGUCGAUUUGGAAUUUCAAAAUCAAUCAUAACAGAUAAAGCGGCCAACCUCGAUAGCUAUCUUAUAAAGGAAACUUGUGAAAGGUUCAAGAUUGCUCAUCGAAAUUCCAUAGCUUACCGGCCGCAUCAGUGUAGGCUGUAA